AUGGCAGCAGAUCGCCUAAACUCCAUUCUCAGUCACCUGAAGCCGUCAGGAAAUAGCGGACUCGCCGCCAUCACUCAGAAGAAUCCAGACGAUGUAGUCAUCACCCUCGCGCUGCGCACACCUCUCACAAAGGCCGGCAAGGGCGGGUUCAAGGACACGGAGCUGGACUAUAUGGUAUACUCGCUUUUGAAGGAAGUGCUCUCCAAGUCCAAGGUGGAUCCCGCCCUAGUCGAGGACGUGUGCCUGGGAAAUGUCGGUGAUGGUAAAGCAGCCUACCUGGUCCGUGCCGCCUCCCUCGCGGCCGGUAUCCCUCACACGGCCGGUGGAUCCUCCGUGAACCGAUUCUGCUCGUCGGGUCUCAAGGCCGUACAGGAUAUUGCGAACCAGAUUCAGCUCGGUGCCAUUGAUGUUGGUAUCGCCGCCGGCGCGGAGCUGAUGUCCGCUGGUGGCGAUCGCCUGCCGAGCCCAUUCAACGAGGAGGUGCUUCGCAACCAAGAGGCAGCGGAUUGCAUGCAACCAAUGGGACAGACGUCGGAGAAUGUCGGGGCGGACUUUGGUAUCACACGCGAGCAGCAGGACAAGUAUGCGGCCGAGUCUUUCCGGCGGGCGGAGGAGGCGCAGAAGGCGGGAUGGUUUGACGACGAGAUUGUGCCGAUUACGACGAAAGUCAAGGACCCAAAGACUGGGGAAGUGAAGCAGGUUACUUUGACAAAGGAUGAGGGUGUUCGGUAUGGAACGACGGCGGAGGCGCUGGGUAAGAUCCGACCUGCUUUCCCGCAGUUUGGUAAUCGGAGCACGGGAGGCAACUCGAGUCAGGUUACGGAUGGUGCGGCCGCUGUUCUUCUCAUGCGCCGCUCCAAGGCUAUCGAGCUGAACCAGCCCAUCCUGGCCAAGUUCUGCGGAGCCACCGUCGCGGGAGUGCCGCCGCGCAUCAUGGGUAUUGGUCCGACUGCAGCGAUCCCCAAGCUGCUGACCAAGUUCAACCUGAGCAAGGACGACAUUGACAUCUACGAGAUCAACGAGGCGUUUGCCUCGAUGGCCGUGUACUGUCUCAACAACCUGGGUCUAGAGCAUGCCAAGGUGAACCCGCGCGGCGGGGCCAUUGCCCUGGGCCACCCGCUGGGCGCAACCGGAGCGCGCCAGAUCUGCACGGUUCUGAGCGAGGCGCGACGCACGAAGAAGAAGGUCCUGGUGACGAGCAUGUGCAUUGGCACGGGCCAAGGAAUGGCGGGCUUGUUGGUGAACGAGCAGGUGUAG